GCAGUAUUUCUCAUCAAUAUUAUUCAAUCAGUAUCAGAAGUUGUACAUCAUCCCUGCCAUUAAUGACUACUGGGAAGAACACAAACAGAAAUGUUGGAAAGAAAGAGAGAACAAAGAGGUUAUAUUGAGUGGUGAUGGAAGGAAUGACUCGCCUGGCCAUAGUGCACAAUAUUGUACUUACAGCUUGGCUGAUACCAAUGAUCGUGCCAUACUGCAAAUGAAUGUGGUUGAUGUGAGAGAAGCUGCUGGUAAGAGCAAUAAUAUGGAGAGGAUUGGGUUUGAAAGAGGGAUGAACACACUGCUUGCACCACCAAUAGUUAUGAAGGAGGUGGUAACUGAUGGUCAUAUUGAAAUUGCUGCAUUGAUGAAAAGGGAAGAGAAAUAUAAGGAGGUCACACAUCAGAAUGAUGUGUGGCAUGGAGCAAAGAACAUUGCAAAGAAAAUCACUACUGCUGCUAAAUCUAAAGACAAUGCAGAUUUGACCUUGUGGGCACCAUCAAUAAGGAACCAUUUUUGGUAUUGUUCAAAAACAUGUGCUAAUGACUCAAAAAAUCUCAAAGAUAAGUGGAUUGGUAUUUUACACCAUGUUGUUGAUGAGCAUGAGUGGGUGUUGGAGGAAGGUGUAAAUGGUGGAAAAUGUGAACAUGAUCCUCUUAAUGAAAGUGAGAGAAAGAAGCCAUGGCUUAAGAAAGAGUCUUCUGCCCAUAAAGCACUGGCAAAGAUCAUUCUGGACACUCGCUUUUUAAACACUUUGGUGUAUUAUGUUAACUUCAGGCACACAGGAUUUUUAGAGUCCUUUCAUAAUGUAAUUUUGAUGUAUGCUCCAAAGCGCCAUGCCUAUUCAUACUCAGUAUACCAAGCUAGAAACCAGCUUGCUGCCUUGGACUUUAACCACCACAGAGGCCGAGCACCAGCAACUACAGCUGAUGGGAAAGAAAGGUACGGUCGGAAGUUCAGUAAGCGUACACAACAGUGGUGCCGUGUUCGUGUUCUUGUACCAAAAGAAUUUAGUUACAUUCCUGAACUGAUGCAGAAGGUUUUUAUAAAGAGGAUCACAUCAGAAGGGAAUGUAAACAAAAGACUUGGUAUUCCAAGUGAUGAUCCUAGACAAAUUGCACCCAAUAUUGCCCCUGUUCCUCCUCCAUCAGUACAGACACUUGUCGACACACAUAAAACAAGAUUUUAA